UACUUCGCACUGCACAUUUGACCGCAGUAGAGAAAAGAAAGCGUGAGCCCCUGCAACACCCACAGAUCUCUUUCGCACGCACGCACGCACGCUGUGAGACUGAGAAGCGUGAAUUUGAAGCUGGUUCUGGAGAAAAAAUGGUGAACUACAUGUUGAUGAUCGCCGCAGAACUCGAGAAUCUCACUGACCUUCAGCCUCAAGGUGGUUGUGAUGAUCCUAACUUCACCUAUUACUUCAAGCUGAAAUGUGGAAAUUGCGGAGAGGUGACACAGAAAGAGACUUGUGUGAGCUUGAAUGAAACUGUUCCUUCUGCAAAAGGCAAAAGUGAUGUUCAUCUUGCUCAGAAGUGUAAAUUUUGUUCUAGGGAAGGAACUGUUACUAUGAUCACUGGCCGAGGCUCUCCUCUUACUCAGGACCAUGCUGAGGCUGGAAAGCAUGCACCUCUGAUGUUAUUUGACUUCAGAGGCUUUGAGCCCGUGGAUUUUGUAUUUGGUAGUGGGUGGAAAGCUGAAUCUAUCAGAGGAACGAAAUUUCACGACAUUGACUUGUCGGGAGGAGAGUUUGCUGAAUAUGAUGAGAAGGGAGAGUGCCCAGUUAUGAUUUCCAACCUUCGUGCUACAUUCAAUGUUGCGAAGUAGGUAUUCUACUUGUGUUUGUUUUGUUAUUUAAAAUGGGAAGUCAGAUAACUUGUUUCCGGGUGAAAAUAACUACUUUGUGGGAUUAUGUUGAAAUGAUUAUAGUCUUGUACAAAGUCACGUACAAACUUCUAAACAUAUUUCGGAAAUGCACCUCGUGUUAUUUGUUCAAGUGCACUUGCACAAUUAUUGAAAUUUCAUGCCUAAUACUGGCAGUGUGUCUCA